AUGUCAUGGAUAACAAAAGUUUCGGACCUAGCUGGAAAAGCAGAAGAUCUUUUGAAUCGCCUUGAUCAGACCACUAAUGAAGCAAUUCAAAGUCAAAAAGCUCGUGCACACAGUUCCAGGCCACCCUUCAGCAGCUCUUACACUCAUUUGAAGGACGACGAAGGCGAGGGCGAAGUUCAUACAGAAGAGAUCGGUCGAAGUGGACCUUCGCUUCCGUCUCGAACCCAUUCUGAAUUUGCUGGAGGUGCAGCUGCAGGGCGAAAACGAAUUCAUGAACAUCCUGUUCCAUCGACCACCGUAGUUAGUGAACGCGAACGACGAGAUGAAGAGUUGAUUGCAAUGCUUACCGAUAAUGUUGGCAACGAUGUCGACGAGACUCGAAGCCGUCGAUCAAAGCAACCACUUGAUCUUCCUCAGAUGAGAUCUCAGUUGUGGGCCAAGGAGUCACAAGUUGCUGCAAUGAGAUCAAAAAUUUCAGUCAGUUAUCCUCUACAGUCUUUUAUGCGCAGAAUAGUUUCUCAUUGUGGCAGGCUGACUACGACUUGUAAUCCCUUCCAGGAAUUGGAAAGGAAACUUACGAAACGUAGCGAUGAGUUUUAUGAACUGAUGGCCGAAAAGGAUAUGAUUGCUCAGCGAUUGGCGCAGCAGACAAAUGCUGACUGUGUGGAGGAACUCAAGCUUGCGCGGGAAAAGGCUCAAGAACAGCGAGAUGCUCUUCUCGAAGAAUGCACGCUCUUGAAAAAAAAGUGUAUGGCCCAUGAAGAAGAAGUGCGAGCUAUGGGUGAACAGCUUCGCCUUGCUAAAUUUAAUCUCAGCGAAAAUAAGAAGGAGUUCGAUCAGUAUAAAGAGAAGGCUCAAAAAAUCCUCCAUGCGAAAGAGAAGUUGGUAGAUUCGCUUAAAGCAGAGCAGAACACGGGUGAUGUUGCUGACCGGCCUGGUCAUCCUCUGCAAGCCGAGCUGGAGGAAAUGAGGGUGGAAAGAGAUCUUGCUCGUGCAGACCUAGAAUCCGCUCAACUUAUGGUAUAUAAUUUGCGGUCAGAGAUAGAGGAAAUGGAGAAUCAGCUCAGGGAGGAGCAGAUGAAACAAAGUGAGCAAAGAAGGCAGUAUUUGGAGGAGAAGCAGAGUUGGCAUGCUACAGUUGCACUUCUGAACGAAAAAGUGGACUGUGCAAGGUUAGCUCAAGCAUGUAUUCUUUUGUUGUUCGUUACUUACCGCCUAUUUUUAUUGCUGCACCUUCCGUUUUCAUGUGUAAAACGAAAGGUUCGUGGUACAGAAUCGAGAGUGUGUUACAGAAUCGAGAGUGAGUUUGCAAAGCGGGAGAUGAAGAGGCAAAAUGAUGAUUUCGCCAGAAAACUAGAAACACAGGAGGCACAGCUCAGGAAAAAUGUGGAGGACCAACGAGCGAGGAGGCGCGAGGAAGACACACGCAGUGCCGAUGGCCUCUCCUUGGGCGAGCGCCUUCUGCAGAAGCAAAUAGAACUAGAAGAAGCCCAUCGAAGAAAUCAAAUGCUCUCGAUUCGGCUGGAAAAGUUGCAAAAGUAUGCACGAGAAACUGUGAUACCAAUAGAUCCUCCUUCGGCUUCAUUACCCGUUCAUCACCCAGCUGCGAAGCAGGCUGUUACGGUCGUGGACUCGAUCGUAUUUAGAAUGAUUUCAGUGCUGCGAAAUUAUCCAACGGCUCGUAUUUUUGUUACAGUUUACUUUGUGUUAGUCCAUCUUUGGGUGUUCUUUAUUGUUUUGACAUAUACACCUGAGAUGCAUGACGCAACUGGAACACCGCCAGGCGGCAAUGGUGGUGGCUCCUUGUCCAAACCCUAG